AUGUCGGGCCCAGAAUCGUCUGGCAGCAGCCCACCGAAGCGUCGCCGCACAGUUGAAGGCUCGUGCUGGCCCUGCAAACAAAGACGCGUGAAGUGUGAUCUCCAGAAGCCUUGCUGCCGUCGAUGCAUCACCUCCAAGACCGAAGACUGCAGCUACGACAAAGUGCUGCUUCGGUGGAAGAAGCGGCCUGCCAAGACCGUGCCUGAAUGCCAGUUGCAGCUGUCUUCAGGCCACGCUCUGAAUGGCCUCGACUUGGCUGUCAAUGAACGGAAAGCUCUUGACUACUUCCAAGCCUGUCUAUGGCCUCUUCUAUCCACGGCCCAUGACCCGUGUCCGCCUCCGGUUGCACUCGCCUUGCGUUCUCAGCCAGUCCUCCAGGCCUUGUGUGUAUUUGCAGAAGAGCAUCGUGCCCUGCAAGGAACAGGGUCGUCCAAGCAAGCUCUCAACAAGAGGCGUGCGCACUGUCUGGCCGCCAUCCGCAACCAUCUGGGUGGUGGGACUCCUGAAAAGAAUGCUCUUUCUGCGCUCCUAGUAGCGGUGCUACUGCUAUACUUCUUGGAGGGUUAUGUGAAUUGCACCAGGGACGAUGCAUCUACCCAUUGCCACUUUUCAGGCGCACUGGCUAUCAUCAAUGCUCUUGGAGGCUUCGAAGCCACAUGGAGCUCGUCCGACAGAAUCACUAGAAUGCUCCUUUCCGAGUUUGCAUCUACUGACCUGACUGAUGCUCUACUUCAGGACAGGCCACCUUCCUUCCCGGCCAUCGUAUGGAAUUGUAUGGAAGCUCGCUCCGUAUGGUGGCAAACGGUUCCCGGGAGCACGUCUCUUGGCUCUGUUCUGUCUAUUCUGGCUGAUAUGAGCUUUUACCGUCACCGACUCAAGAAUGGCGCAGAUCUCUGCCCGGAUCAAGUACAGGCAUUCGAGCGUGCUCUUCAACCUACAAAUCCAGCGCUUGACCCCACGACCGAAUCUGAAUCCGAUUCCAGUGGUGAUGCAGACGAAGCAUUGUUGAGUCCUUCACUUACAGCAUCGCUUUCGCUCAUUCUUGCCUUCCAGCACGCGGGUCUCAUUUACCUCUAUAGUGCAAUCCAUGACAUGCCAGCCAAACACGUUCUUGUGCAGCAGCACGUGCAUGCUUGCCUCGAAUAUAUUCGAGGAAUGGAUGCGAGAUCGAAAGCACAGAAUUGUGCCCUUUUCCCGCUCUACGUUGCUGGUGCUCAUUCACUUGAAGAGGGACACAGGACCUUCGUUUCGGAAAUACUAAGCAAAAUCCACAAGAGUUUGCGAUUCGAGUCCGUUUCAUCUAUACGGACAACUCUCGAGAAGUUAUGGCAGCCAUCCCGGCGCCCUACUACUUGGGUCGAAAGCUUUAUGGAUACAGCUACGCAUACCCUGGUUAUAUGAACAGAUGUUGUUCCAUCUGAACACUGCGAAAAUACAACGCGGACGCGGUCACAGAACACUGGGAGAAAACAUUC